AUGAAAGUGGAAGAGGUGGAUUUAGUGGAAGGGAUGAAAGUGGGUGGUGAACAUGGAGGAGCAGAUAAUUGGGCUGGAAGUAGUGGGCAGCACAUUGCUACCUUUGGUGGUGCCUUGGAAAGAUUGAGUAGGAGAACAGUUGAAUUGGAAGAGAUGCCUAUCCACCAUGAAAUACAACUCAAAAGCCCAAAUUGGCUUUUUGGGCAGAGGAAGCAUGAGCAUAGUAACUCUGUGCCCAAAGUAGCUUCACAUGAUGUUGCAAAUGGAGGGUCUCAAGAGGAGAAGGGAAUAGAUGGCUUAUGUGACCUAAAUUGGCUUUCGUCUAUUGGUGACACCAAUGAAGAGGAUGUCUUCCAAAGAUACCUUUCAAUGACAUCAGUAGACGAAGGCAAUGGUUGGUAUGGUGGUACAUUGCUCGGUGAUCAAGAUGAAAACAGCGAGAUCUAUAGGCAUUAUGCUGAACUAUGCCAGGGUUUCUUGGAAGCUGAUCAGAUAGAUGUUAGCAUUUCUGAAUUUGUAUAUUGUCCAGGCUUUUAUGCUCAUGACUUAGCUGCUCAGUGCAGCAAGCAUACAUGUGCCAAUGGUAAGCCCUUUUCAAGCGUUGACGAUAUCAUGAUCAAUGUCCGUUUUAGGUUUGACAAUGGCCCUGCAAUGGAACCCUUCCAGCACGAUCCUGAGAAAGAGAAGCAUUACGCUGACAUUCUUUGCAUGGGCACAAUUGACUGCAUGGAUGAUGCAGCUGUUGAAGCGGAGAUGGAAGCAUCUCUCAAGGAGUAUGACCAAAUUGGUGCUGAUCUUGGGAUUGUCCCCAAGUCAUGUAAAGCUUUGGCUGGAGAUCCAAGCCAGCUGACGAGAUGGAUUAUUGGAGAAGAAAGGAUGCACAAAGUUUAA